AUGGCUACCAGUCAAGGAUCAGCCUUUGAUCGAACCUUAGAAGACUUCAAGAAAAAUCUCAAGAAGAAAGACCAGAACAACUUCAAAAUGACGACUUUUAGUGACCUGAAACAGAGUAUCGCAGAGUUACAAGCUAAACAACACUCGCAACGCCGGCUGCAGAACUUGAACCGGUUGAAGCCGUUCCUGGAGGCGAUUGAGCAAUACGGAAAGGUUGUCGAGGUGUUCUGCAAUAGCAGUGAAUUUGUGGCAUUUGUUUGGGGCCCUAUCAAACUUUUAUUACAGGUGGCGAGCGCCUACGCCGAAGCCUUCACAGAAUUGCUUGAUACAUAUGAGAAUAUCGGAGAAAGCCUGCCUCUGCUUUUGCAGUACCAAGAUCUCUUCCAUAGCAAACCACAUAUGGUCCAAGUCCUUUCUCUGAUGUAUGAAGACAUACUCAAGUUUCAUCGGAUAGCAUUGGCAUAUUUCCAACAGCCGCUAUGGAAGCAGAUGUUCGAUGCAACUUGGAAGACCUACAAGUCUCGUUUCUCCGGCAUUAUUUCCAAUAUGUCCCGGCAUCGGAGUUUGAUCGAAAAUCAAGCGACUCUCUCCCAGAUCGAAGAUUUUAGGGAGUCGAGGCUUAUAGAAAACGACCGCUUUGAGGCCGAGAUCAAGAACGAGGAAUUACGCCGAUCACAUUCCGUGUACAAUUGGCUUAGAGCCACCUCUAUCGACACCGAUCAAUACCAUCUUUCCAAAAUAAGGGCAGACUACCCUGGCACCGGAAGGUGGCUCUUAGUCAAUCCUACCUUCAAAAAGUGGUUUGAUCCUCAGUACGCAACGAUACCCCCGCUUCUGUGGCUCAACGGUAUUCCCGGAGCAGGAAAAAGCGUACUCGCUUCCCUCGUUGUAGAGGAAACGCAAAAGCUCGCGUCUAAGCCAGUAACUCUGUUCUUCUAUUGCAAGCACAACAAACCCAGCCAAGACAAUUUCAUCGCGCUUGCUCGUACUUUGCUAGCACAACUCCUUCAGCAAGACAAAGGCUUACUGCUCUACCUUUAUCAAAAAUGCUGCGACAGCGUUGAGCCAGUCCUAACCUCACCAAGCCUUGUCGAAGAGCUUUUAGUCCAUGCCUUCGCAAACUGCAAGGCUGCCUAUAUCAUCGUCGACGGCUUGGACGAAUGCUCUAGAGCGGAGCGAAAGAUUAUCGCCCAAUGGUUCAGAAAGCUGGUUGAAGAUCUUCCAUCCAGUGAGCCCGAUAGGUUGCGUUGUCUUUUCGUCAGCCAAGAUGAUAGCGCUGCCCGAAAAGACUUCUCGGGCCUUGCCUCUAUCAAAAUUACAACCGACGACAACAAGGGCGACAUUGAAGAAUACUGCCGAGUAGAGGCUAAUAAUCUCAAAGACCUGUUCAAGCUUUCAGACGAAAGGGAAAGGACUAUAGCUAGUAAUGUGGCUAGCUCCGUCAAAGGCAUGUUCUUGCUCGCAAAGUUGAUAUGGAUCAACUUGUCAGGCCAAACCUCGAUGGUCGGUUUGGACCAAGAACUUGAACCAAACGUUUUUCCAAAGGAGAUCAAUGCCGCUUACCGCCGAAUUAUGGUCAGAAUAAACCAACAAGCUUCUCGUUCGCGGAUGGAGGAUGCGUUAAUGCUGUUUGGAUUGCUGGUAUGCGCAAAGAGACCACUCAAAUGGCACGAAAUACAAGGUGUAAAAUCGAUCAAUCUGGACGACCAGUCAGUUGAGCUCGAACGUCGCAAGUUCGUGGUUGCCCCAAAAGACCUUUGUGAGUCUUUGGUGGAGCUACGAUCAGAUGGCACCCUGGAGCUGGUUCAUUUGACCGCAAAAUUCUUCCUAGUUGACGAAGGCCAUGUCGAUCUAGUAGCUGAAGAUAUGAAGUUGGCGACCCUGUGUAUUGACUACUUGAACUUCCCUGCGUUUUUGGACCCGCCCUCCGAAACUCGUGUUCUGGACGGAGAUUACGUCUUCAUGGACUACGCUGUGCUUUACUGGAUUCGGCAUCUUGAGGCUGGUAUUUCGAAUGAAGCUAGUUACGAACGCCAAAUGAAACAGCUCAUGGAAUCUUUAGAGGCUUUUAUCGACCAGCAUUGGACUUCCCCAAGCACCAACUUUGCAAUAUCAAAACGAACGAGCGAGAAACUCCAGGCCUUCAAAUCAUUGCCUUUUUACGACGAACUUGAGAGAGCAGUAGUCUCAUCAAGGAAACAGCUAAGAUUCUUCGGAAACAUGAAAAAGGAAGAAAUUGCUCUGGAUUUGGUUGACACCGUCGGCACAGUUCGCAAAGUACUAGAAGCAACAUUGGCGUCUCCGAUCGAGCCUUCCAUCCGGCAAAGAGUUGAGGAAAAGUACGGCGAUUUUCUCUUCAAAUGCCCGCGAUUUAGCUGUGUGUUCUUCACAACUGGUUUCCAGUCCACCGAAGAACGAGACAGACACGUCACACAACAUGAGCGACCUUUCCGGUGUAUGGAUGAAUCCUGCACAGGUUUCGUUUUUGGAUUCUUAUCGGCGGGAGAACGAGAUCGUCACGUGAAGGAGACCCAUCCAGUCCCAGAUGCUCAAGAUCAGGAGUUUCCCACAGAUCAAGAUGUUCAACAGAGCAUGGCAAACAAAACUUCCGAAGAGGAAGCCGUGGCGGCACCGGUUGAGGCCUCUGAGUCGGAGCCAGAGGCGGAACCGCGACGACCGCCUAAGACGAAAAGAGUCCGACAAACGGAAUUCAAAUGCCACCAUUGUUCCAAAAUCUACUCGAAAAGUAACAACCUGGCGUCGCACCUCCGGACCCAUGCAACUGAGCGGCCUUAUAGAUGUCGUGAGUGUGGGAAAAGCUUCGUUCGGGACAGCGAUCGCAUCCGUCACGAGAAAGGGCACAUGAAGAAUUACUUUUGCAGUGGGCCUUUGAAAAAUGGAGACCGUUGGGGUUGUGGCAAGGCCUUUUCCCGCUCGGACAUCUUGGACAAUCACCACAAAUCCAAGAUGGGGCAGACUUGCCUUCAUCCUUUGCGCCAACAAGAAGAACAAGAGCAACAAGCCGCGCAAUCAGCACUCGCGACUAAGAUUCCGAACAUCCUCAACUAAUUCAACUGAAUCUAAGCCUUAUUAACGUGAUGUGAUAGUUUUAUAUUAUCUCUGAUUCUCUAUUGA